GAUCUUCCUCAACAUGGUCACAAACAAUGGAAGGCAUAUUUUGGGCGAACUUUUGACGUUUACACAAAAUUGUGGAAAUUCCAACAACAACACCGUCAAAAACUAGACGAACUGUACGGUUUAAAACGAUGGCAAAUCGGCGAAGUGGCAUCAAAAAUUGGCCAGUUGUAUCAUCUCUACUACCUGCGUUCCAGCGAAUUGCAUUAUCUAACCGAAUCGUUCGCCUUUUUCUCGGCAAUUCGCACACGCGGGUAUUAUUCAAAGGCAAGCAAGGAAGAACGCCCUGAUUUGAUGGUGAAAAAGUUACGUUACUAUGCUCGAUUCAUCCUAGUUUGUUUGUUGCUGCGAAAAAUGAAGUUAGUUCAUGAAUUACUCCGAGAAUUUUCCAAACAAGUAGAAGAGUACACCGCGGUGUACGACCCUGAAGAUCAAUCGGAGUGGGAUAUGGUUGUUCAGGAGAUUCGGGAGUUUGUCGAAGGAGAAGCGUUACUAAACGUUCUCAAUCCGGAUUCCACGGCAACCGUGCUGAAGCAUCGAUUGAGUCCACUAAACAACCCCCAGGUAGAGAAAUGUGGCUCCGGAUACAUGCAACUAUCUGAAGUGCUGAUCGUAGGCAACUGUUACGAACAAACGCGCUUCAGUGAACUCUCCCUGGACAUGUACCGCAUGCUUCAAACUUUGGAGCGCGAUCCGUUAGACACGCUUCAUGGCAGCACAACCAGCGUUCCAAACUCGAGACUAAGUGGUUUAGGCAGUUUGGAAAAUGGGCUCCCGGCUUCUGGUCAUGCAAAUGAUGAGGCUGGUUCCAAUGGUGCCAGCGGUUGCGGACCCACAAGGCCUCACAAUCCGCACAAGUACCUUCUGUAUAAACCAACUUUUUCUCAAUUCAACACAGUCAUUGCAGCGGCUUUCAAAGACGUUUCGGCCACGGGGGCGGUGCUUUUGUACAUAUCAGCAGAUGGCAUCCGAACGCCUACGGCCAAGUAUGGUGAUGAACGUAAGCGAUUCUUGACCUGUUUUACAGAAUUGUUGCUUAUCUCAGCUGGCUAA